AUGGGAAACAGAUAAUUCAGUCAGCAGAAGUCAGAAAUGUUGAAAAACCUGUACUGACAGUCAGGACUUCAGACAUGGGGACUUACUCGGACCAGAAGGAAGGGUACAUGCAAAAUGGGCAUUCACCAAACGGCAAGACAUCAGCAUUCAUUCCAGAUAUGGAACUCAGGGAGGAAUGGCAGGAUGAGGAAUUUCCCAGGCCCCUUCCUGAGGACUCGCAUAGUCCUGGUGAUGAAGAGGAAAGCCCUGGAGCUGAGGGAAACAGACCUGACCCACCGACCAGUCUAGCUCUGACAGGUGAUAUUGUUAGAAAGAAGCGAUUAGUGGCACCUAAUCUUAGUCUAACACUGGACAAAACCUCUACUGACCGGAGCAUGAAAUCAGACGAGUUUGAUGCCUCCGCCCUUUCGCCAUCUGUUGAUGAUGACCUAGAGAUGGACAUUAACCUGGAGGCCUUAGAGACGCCCUCAGACAGCGAAUCUUGCAACUUUCCAGAUAGCAUGCAUGACUUGGAAUGGGAAGAUGAUCUUCCCAGAAUGGGCAAGGCAGCAAUCAGAAAAGUCAGUUUGCUUGAGAAUGCAGAGAUGGGACACUUGGAAUUGGAUAAGGUGGAUAACUAUGGUCGGCGAUGGAGACGAUUCCAUAUUGGUGGGGUGGACUACCAAGUCAACAUGAGCGUUCUGGAGCCUUACCUCCAAGUUCUCUCCCAUGGAGGUUAUUAUGAGGAUGGAUCGACAGCCGUCAUCAUGUUUACCUCCUGUUACCUACCAGAAACUACAUCAGAACACUAUGAGUAUGUGAUGGACAAUCUUUUCAGGUACAUCAUUGGCACGUUGGACUUGAUGGUGUCUGAGAAUUACAUAUUGGUCUACCUGUGUGGAAUGGCUCCUCGCAAUAAGAUGCCUAGCAUUAAGUGGCUCAGACAGUGUUACAUGUCCAUUGACAGAAGGUUAAGGAAAGACCUAAAAGGGCUUUUUGUGGUUCACCCAGCCUGGUACGUGAGAGCUUUAAUCACUGUCAUCAAACCAUUCAUCAGUGAGAAAUUUAGCAGGAAGAUGCGCUUCAUUCACAGCUUGCAGGAACUGGCAGAGUUUGUUCCUGUGGACCAGCUGCAAAUCCCAGACUGCAUCAGAGAGUAUGAUGAGCGGAUGAACGGAUGAAGAUGUCCAAUGGAAAUGCAGAGGUGUACAUACUGUACAGAUGACACAUUGGGGUGAUGUGCAUAUUCUGGGAAAUUGAACUGGCUGAGGUUACAGGUCAAGUGUUAGGGCAUAUGCUCUAAUGACAGAAAAACUGCUUCCUACCCGACUACUCUUUGAUGAAAUACAAAAAGACAGUUGUCCUUUUGAGCGGCACAUUUGCGUAAAGUCACUGAGGUGAGUCAGGAGACCUCUGCAAGCAACAUGACUUUUUUAUGUCAUUUUAUUUAAUCUGUUACACUAAAACAUUUUAGUGUUUUACUGGACUGAAGAAAAUAUGACUCAACGCACCCUUCAUUUAUAUUUAAAUAAAUAUACAAAUUCUGACAAGUUACUAAAGUUAAAUUUGCUGUUACAUGCAAAACCAGGCCAAAUAGGAGAAAUAUUUUAAGGUUACCAUCAAAAUACACACUCAUUUCAUUUCCAAUACAAAUUAGGUUUCACUUUGUUGUUUUAUUUCUAUUUUUACAAUGUACCAUUGUAGAGUAAGUAUAAUGCUUUAUCUGAAACUGAACUAUGAUUUAUAUAUAUAAACACACACACAAUCCCAAUUCCAAACAAGUUGGAACAGUAUGAAAAAUGCAAAUAAAAACAAAAAGGAGUGAUUUGUAAAUUAUAUUCACCCUUUGCUGAAUUUAAAACUCUACAACUACACAUUAUGACGUUUUACCUUAUGAUUUUCUUUGUAUUCUUUUUUAAUGUACAGUCAUUUCAAAUCAGAUGUAUACAACAUGCUCCAAAAAUGUUGAAACCUGCAAUUUAAGACUAAUAACAAUUUGACGAGUUAAAAUAACAAGGCAAUGCGAAACAAGACAUGGUAAACAGUUGAGGCAAACGUGUAAUUAAUCUACAAACAAAGAGAAAAACUAUGUUUAUCCAGUCAGAAUUUAUUCUUUGAUGCUUACAAAGUGUGACAACUGUUUCACGAAUAGCAUGCCCGAAGCAGAAGCAGCGCGUGAGUCUGAGCUCCACCCCCCUCAGGCCUUCAGAAUCCCUCAACAGUGCAAAUGAAUGAGCAACUAAAGUCAGACUGUCAGAUUCAUCUGCCAAUCAGAUUUAUUGAUUUGUUCUUGGUGGGUGUGAUCUUUAGGAUAUGUAUCAGCCGAGGCCUUCUAGCUGGCCUUGAGUGACGCAAUCACACUUUAAGUGCAGUACGGAAUUUGAAAACGAAGAGCGCGAGAUAGCCAUCACUGCCGCGAUCACUACUGAGAAAGAGAUCCUUAUGGAUUUAAAAACACAAGAUGUCCUUGAUGGUCUUAAAUAUAGGCUAAAUUUUUGUAAUGCAAAAUUUGAAUUCAUUUUUGGGGGGGGGGAGUGGAGUAUGACCAGGAAAUUUUCUUAAAGAGGUUUAAUGAGAAGUACUAUCUGGAUUUAUUUUCCUGUCUCAGUAUGUUCCUCUUUGCAACUUAUCUGUAAAGUUUUAUUUAAUUGUUUUUAUAUGUUCUAUAAUGCGGAAAAUAUUUUGUACCGGAGCAUUUAUUUAGCUAUGAAUGUUGUGUGCUCAAAUGCAGACCACUUUAGCGGACAGUUAAAUUCUUAAACAUUUAAUGCAAAAUCAGAGAGCCAAAACAAACAAGGUUACAAUAUUCCUAUAAGGAGUGCUGUUGUUCAAUUUAUAUUUGUAUAUACUUGUUACACAUUAACAUAUGAAAUGUAUAUUAAUGUAUGAAAUAUAUAUAAAAGGGCCAGGGAUUUCUUGGGGAAUAUGGCAGGGAAAUGUUUUCUUUUACUCAGCUGCUACUGCUUGUAAAGUGGUGCUUACAUUUAAUAGACUCUCCUAUGUGCAAAUAUUUUUACAAGGCAACACUUGAACAACCUGAACUUUCAAACAGCAGGCAUACUGAAGGUAUGUCUUGUCUAUGAUAUUUAUGGCAAUAAAGGGUUAUAUUAAACACCUGCUGUGGCUUACCAUAUUUGAAACAGUAAUUUUUAAUAGGAAAAAAGAGGGGUAAUUUGUAAGUUUCAAUGGAAACAAGCAGCUUUGGUGAAGUGAGGUAGCUGAGAGGUGAAACAUUUCUUCAUGCAUUUAAGUCAUAAACCGGAAUCGUGACAACUAUGGAGGGUUAAUUAACAUUGCUGUUGUAACUCAUUCUGCAUUAGGUAUUGGGUCAAACUACCAUACUUGCAGGGACCGUAUCUGUGGUUUAGGGCACAAGGAAAACGUAGGGGGCAAUGCCCCCUCCCGACCUGAUCCAUGCCUUGUGUGAUAAACUGCUACACAGUAACUCGCUUGUAAAUAUCAUUAAAAUGACCACAUUCGUAUACAUCAUCAGUAUAUUCUGCAGUUUUUCAUCCCAUUGUUAAGAACAAGGAAAUUAAGUCUGGCUCACAGUGUGAUGUAACGAAGUCUUUACGCCCAAGGUCCGUUGUUUUUGUUGGUUUCUUGCGCAACUGUUUUAGGCACUGUUUGGAUAGCAUCUGCUUUGCUAAUGAAUGUCACCAUAUGAACAUGUUAAAAUGUGCUUUUAGAUUUGAGCUUUGAUAUCGUCACACCUAAAUUUUAAACUUGACUUGUGAAGGGCAAGCCAAGAGACAUUUAACCAAUUAAAUGUGGUAGAACAAGACCUGAAAAUGUCUGCAAGAAAUGUAAACUACUGAUUUAAGAAUUUGGCGGGGAGUCAUAUGGAAAACGCUGAUUUUAUCAUAUUCAAAUCUUGUUAGUGUGCAUUUGAAACCAGGUGUAUUUUAAUGUUUAUGGACUAGCCCCAGUUUCUUCCAUUGUAUGUGCCUUACUCUUACAGCUUUUUUUUUUGCUUUUUGAAAUUUAGUAAAAAUUAUUUUCUGGGAUAAUCAAUGUAAUCUUGUGUAGUAACCUUCCUUUAAAAUUUUGGCUAAUGUAAACAAGUCAAACCCCCUCAAGUAACUCAUUGG